AUGGCUUUCCGCGACUUUAGCUUCCCACCGUCGACGCCACUCUACCCGCACGCCAACAUCGUCCAGCAAUAUCUUGAAGACUACGCCGACGCGCAUAACCUCCGCCAACACAUUCGGCUUUCUACCUCUGUCAAAUGCGUGCUACCGGAGAGAUCAAAUGGCAAACAUGUGUGGAAGGUCGUCUCUAGCCGUCUACCCACAGAGGAAGAAACGACAGAGUACUUUGACACGCUUAUCAUCGCCAACGGGCGAAAUGGAUACCCAGUCCUACCCUCCAACAUCCCCAGACUAUCCGAAUGGAUCGCCCAAGGAAAAGCAUCGCAUAGCAAAUCCUACCGCGAACCAUCCACCUACCACGACAUGAACAUCGUUGUAGUCGGCAAUGGCCCCUCGGCGUUGGACAUUGCGCCUGAAUUGGUCGGCGUGGCGAAGCACGUCUACCGCUCGGUGCGCAAUGCGCGUGAAACCAAUAGUGACGCGCACGAUCGUCCAGCGAACGACCUUUCGAAUAUGCAAGCCGCGCGUGAUGUCCAACUAUGCAGCGCCAUUCGCUCGCUUGGAUCACCAGAAGAUGGGAGUGUGGGAUUGGUCGACGGUACGACGUUGACUGGUGUCGACCACAUCUUAUUCGCGACGGGAUACGAAACUUGCUUUCCGUUUUUGGACGUCCCAGUACUUAAUGGGACACCGGAGAGAGAAACGGCCAUUCCGGAUGAGAGCCAGUGGACCUUAAAUUCGGGGCAGCACCUGUUUCCGUUGAGCCUGCACAUGUUGCCCACAAGCUCGGAUCUGCCACUUGGCUCGCUCUUCUUCCUCGGAUUACCACGGCCAGUCGUACCCUUUCCCCUCGUCGAAGGCCAGUGUCAGGUCAUCGAGGCUAUUCUCUCCGGUACCCUAAGCCUCAAUCUGCACGAGCAAGAUAGAAGCGCUCGAACAGCUAUGGAGGCUCUACUGAAGCGAGUUGGCGGCAGCGAAGCGCUGGCGGCAAGAGAGUGGCACAAGCUACCCGAUGCAUUGCAGUUUGACUACCGUGUAGAAUUGGCGAGACUUGCGAGACGGGAUUCACAGUUGAUGGUGCCAGAUUGGCAGCGGUGUAUAUAUGAGAAGAAGCGUGAACUACGCGCUGCGUGGAAGGAGCUCGAAAGGACAGGGAAAGAUAAAGAUAUUGUCCAAGAUGUCGGGACCAAAGGAGAACAGGAAUGGGUGGAACUGAUGAAUAGAAUACUAGAAGGGAGCCAGACGAGUGUACAAGGCAUCCUCGAGGAUGAAAAGAUAUAG